AUGGAUGUACUAGAUGUACCUAGCCUCAUUUUUAUUGAAUACCUCUGUGAUGAUGCAUCACACUUUUACCCUUUGGACUUAGAGAUGCUCCGACAGCGCUGCGAAAGGAAUUUCAUUCUUGAAUUGUGGGGCGCACGGAUCAGCUACUCAAACUUCGGCGACGACGAUAUCACGGACCUUAUCAGCCGGCUGCCGUUAACCCAGCCCGACUUCGAAGAGAAACCCCCUGGUUCAGCGUCUUCGUCAGAAAGAGGUCUGGGGAAGAGAAAGGCCAGCGACAUGUCGACCUCAACUGAGUCGGGCUCGUCGCAAGGCCCUCCUGCCAAAGUCUCGAAACCCAACCCGCUGGAAGACAAAGACAAUCCUUUUAUUGACGUCCCUGAGGUACCUGACGACCCUCGAGCUCCAAUCAGCUUUUCCCCGCCAAUGAUAAUGCAACAUUUCAUGAACUCCAAAAAGCUACCUUAUGGAGUCCAAUAUGAAAUCGCGCGUUUCAUCAGCGUCGAUAGUCGUGAAGAAGCUCUAAGACUCAAAUACUCCAAUAUACUUACCGAACAAGUUACGGAGCUGGCAAGUUUGGUAACGAAUGAAGCAGCUGUUCCUGCGACGUUCAAGGUCAUAUUCAAAAAGAAAUCUGAAAUUGACGACGAAGACGAGGAGCGAUGGAAACGCCUUUUCGCGAAGGAACACGCAGCAAAGGACCCCUGGCAAGAGCUGGAUCGAGAAGAAGCAGCCCUGCUGAAUGACCCAUACGGCGGACUCGGUUUCAAACCCACUGGAGAGAGUCUUGAAUGGCAUGGCGGCCAGGUCCUUUUCCACGGAAAACUGCACGACAUAUCUCCAAAAAACUGCAAGAAAGAGCCCAAGUACAAGAUGACCCUGGAACCCGCCGAGCUGGGUCCCUCCAACAUGUUUGCGCGCCGUUUUGGAAGCAAGCACUUCUUCCGGCUAAAGUUGACCAAGGGCGUUCUCAACAAGAGUGCGGAACAUUUGAUGACCUACCUUCAGAAACCGUUGUUAUUGUGCAGCGGCGUGUUUCGGGCGUUCUAUGCAAAGGAUACCAAUGUGUUCUACGUCAAGACCAACGAGCGAACCGACGGUACAAGAGUCCUCGUUUGCGAGCCGCCCAUCCAGAACGUUUAUUCUUUUCUUGAAUUUCUGGAAUGGCACAACCCGAUGAAAUUGAACAUGAAGCAGACUAUGGCGAAAUAUGUUUCACGUUUUGCUCUUGGUCUUUCGAACUCGGUACCAGGACUCAUGCUCAAAAGACCUAAUAUUCAUUUCAUUGAGGAUAUCAUUUCGGAAACUGGAUCGAAUAUGACAGACGGUGCUGGUAAAAUCAAUCGCUGGUCCUUGAAACAGAUUCGCCAUCGUCUUGAUUGGGAGGAUAGACCCACUGCUAUCCAAACGCGUAUUUUCGGUACAAAGGGUUUACUCAUCGAUGACGGCAAAAAUGCAGAUGAAUUCGGUUUCGUGCAACUCACACCUUCUCAAAGGAAGAUUAUAUUUCCGGAAGGAGGUGAAAUCGACCCAGCUCAUCGCAUCAUAGAUGUCCUACGCGCCUCACAUAUGAAGACGCCGUGCCGGCUUUCCGUCGAAACGAUCAUUAACCUCUCCGAGAAUGGUGUCCCGAAAGAAGCGUUUGUCCAGUUGCUUCGCCAGAGCUUAGAGGGCAUGGUCUUGCCCCUUCUUGAUUGGGAGUCAAAAGAUGCUAUGCGUAAGCUGUGGUGCAACGUACGCCAUUUGGGUGGCGUCAUGCAUGCCAGACGUGCUAGAGAAGAAGCUGGUCUUGCGCGCGCCAAGGGUUACUCUGAACGCGACGCUGACGACAAUGAGCUCGAGGACGAGGAUGGUUUCUCUCUGUCUGAAUCUGCGGAAACGCAACGUUCCUCAGCCUGGUGGGGUGACGAGGUCAGCGGUUGUCCUUCCUCUCUUGAGGAAACUGUGAUGUGCAUGAUCGAUUCUGGCUUCACUCCGCAAGAAUGUCCCGUUCUACGAGACAAGCUCCAGAAGUUCAUCACAGGCCGUGUCAAGGAAUAUAUCAGGUCCUAUAGGAUCGAUGUCCCCAUGUCUGCGACUGGGUUUCUUGUUCCGGACACCUCAGGUGUGCUUGAACCUGGCGAAGUCUUCUUCAAAAGUUCUAGACGCCAAUUCAAAAACCCUGAUGGAACAGAAACAGACAUUUAUACUGGCGACGUUCUGCUUACGCGACACCCUUGCAAGCUUCCUACAGACAUUCAGAAGUGGAAGUCCGUUGAUAGACCAGAGCUUCGUCAUCAUGUAGAUGUGAUAGUCUUCUCCACCAAAGGGCCUCGGCGAGCUGCCGAUUACUUAUCUGGAGGCGAUUAUGACGGUGACAAAGGGAUCUAUAUUUAUCAGCCGGAGCUUGUCAAUCUAUUCAAAAACGCUGAUGAGAGAUUCUCGAAUCCGCCAAAAGAUAUCGAGAAGUAUUUCAAGCCCCAUAACGAGCAAGUAGUCGCAUUUCAAGAAAGGACUGCUGCACUCCCAGUCGAGGAACAAAUUCGUGAGCUCCAGAAGUUCUUGCUGAGCACUGUUCGAGACACAACUAUCGUCGGAAAAUAUUCGAACUACCACGAAAUGGCACUCUACACCUUGGGAUACUGUCACAAGGAGACGAUCCGCCUCGCAUAUAUGUUCUGCAUGACACUCGAUGGCAUCAAGACUGGCAUGUCUGUGUUGCCAGAAACUGAGAGGGAGGACGCCAAAAAAUACAACAAGCGGGCACCAAGAUGGAAAGAGACGGAAGAGGAACGUGACCGAAAGACCUCCAACGAGACAAACGCGAAGCGUCCUCGUGAACUUGGACGCUUCAUCAUGGAUGAACUCCACAACAAGGCUACGACUGAAGGCGAGAAUUGGCUUGUGCGCAUCGGAAACCACUUUAAGUCUGUAGCUUCCGCGAAGACGGACGAGGCCCUAGUGGAGCCGUACCGGAAAGCCCUGGAGAUGUGCAGGCGAUGGGCUACGGAGGAAGGGAAUCACCGUCCAUCGGAGGACUUGAAGAAACUCGAAGAGCAUGUCAGGAAGGUCUACGAUGACCACCGGACCGAAAUGUCCUCUCCGAAAAAGACAUCCCGCAGCUCACCCAAGAAAGACAAAGGCUCCUUCACCGACCAGCCUAUCGAGGUCCGCCAGGACAAAAUCCGUGAACUGUCCCGUAGGUUCGCCGACUUCCCGAAGCCCGGCGAGCUCAUGAUGCACGACGAAGAGGUCGCGCGUAUCCGUGCGUCGUAUGCGUACUAUUACGACUGUGAGCGGCGCAGAGGAUAUGACGUACCCUGGUCGCGGUUCCCCUUCGAUGUCGCCAUGCGCGAAUUGUGCGCCAUCAAAGCCCGGGCAGCCGGCCGCUACAAGGUCGUCGAUGGAGGAUUCUACGACCACUUCAACAUGAAGCACCCCAAUAAGCAUCAUUUCUAA